AUGUCCCCAGCAUCUUCAUCCGAUACAUAUGAACAAUUCAAACGCGCUUUCCGAAAUCUUUUCCGGCGUCGCAAGUUCAACAUCAACGUUCCUGCAGUGGUAAAGCCGCAAGCGCCGACGCGUCCACCACGCCCACGCUCCGCUUCGGCCGUCGCAGCUCCCGAAGUCUUCAACAGCCCAGACGUUCCUUCAUGGCCUAUGUUUAAUCAGCUACCGCAGAGCGGUGGUCUUUAUUGUGCGCCCGUUGAGCUGCCAGGUUCGCUCGCACCCCUUCUCCAGCAUCGCUCCAAGUCCGACGCAGGACAGCCUGUAUAUCAUUCGGACCUUUUCAGCGAGCUGGACGCCACUUCGAUCCGACGAUUGAGUGUCAUUGGAAGCGAUGUGGCCGAUGAUGAAGACCUGACCGAAGCAUAUAUGGAGCUUCAAGCCGAGCUGGAUGCCCAAAAAGCAUUGCGAGUGGACGAAGAACAAGCCACAUCAGACCAACCUACACAAUCAGCACUUGAGCAGCAGUCUCAAACAACAGACGAACAAUCGACAGCACAACCAGAACUAGAACAGACACAGGACGAUGCAAUCUUCGAGGAUGCAGAGGAGCAUCUUUCCCAGGAAACCGAAACCAAAGACCUUGUAGACCCAGCAAAUAUUGCCCUUCCAGAAGAUUCAGACUCGGGUAUGUUUGAUCUCCCGCUCCCAUCUCCAUACACAUGGCUAACCGAUUCAGACUUGGAGGAAGACGACGUCUCGGUCGUAUGCAACGCCGAAGAGCUGGCUAGAAAUGACUCGGCAAACGGCGGCAAGGUCUUCCACGACGAUUCUAGCUCUCUCUACAGCACUGAUGAGUCAGAAAUCGACGCCGAUUCCACCACAGAUGCAGCUACUGUUUCCACGCCCCGCACUGCUUCUUUGCUCAGAGCAGACAUGAUGGAGUAUUUCGACGAAAAGAUACCAGUACUUUCCGAAUCCCCUCAGGUCUUGCCUCUUGUUCCUGCUCCUGGAAUGGCUGCAACCUCUGGACCCCUCGAGGAAUUCUCAUGGUGA